UUAUUGAUAAAAAUUUACUUUUUUUUGCGCAUUUACAUGCAAGAAUGGCGUUUCUUUCUGCAAUUGUACCAUUUCUAAUAGCUAUUGUCAUUUUAUUUCGACUAUAUGCCAAAUUUAAAUUGUCCUAUUGGAAAAGACGUGGAGUUGAAUCAUUGCCAACAGAUGCAAUUUUUGGAAAUUUCAAGGAAGCAUUACUAUUUCGUAAAGCACCGGGAUGGUUUCUUGGACAAUUACAUAAAGCUGCAAAAUCAAAUGCUACCGUUUUAGGAUUCUACAUUUUUCAUAAGCCAUGCAUUCUUAUUCGUGAUCCCGAUAUAAUAAAGCAAAUGUUUGUGACGGAUUUUGAAAAUUUUUCUGAUCGUCAUUUUGCUGGCUCCAAACAAAAGGACAGUACUGGAAUGAAAAAUUUGUUUGGUUUAAAAAAUCCAACAUGGAAAUAUGUGAGAUCAAAAAUUACACCAACAUUGACGAGGGGUAAAUUAAAGGAAAUGCUACCAUUAAUGAUGGACACUGGAGAACCAUUAAUGCACUAUUUGGAAAAUCAAAGAACCGAUGAAAAUGGAAUUAAAAAUGCCGAUGCACAGAAUUUAAGUCUCAAACAUUGUACUGAUUUAACAGCAUCAAUUGCUUUUGGAACUAAAACGGACUCAUUUCGUGGUUUGAAUACUGAAUUUUCACAUGCAUUCAUGGAUUUCUUUCAAGGAAUGAAAAGAAUGACAGCAUUAAUAGCAGUUUUCUUUAUACCAGAAAUAAUUGAAUUUUAUGGUGGGGGAGUAUUUGUAAAACCUGAUUUUGUAAAAACCGUCUUUUGGAAUGCAUUAAAAUCAAGAGAAGAAUCCAAAGAGAAAAGAGGAGAUUUCAUUGAUUCUUUAAUUAAAAUGAAGAACGAUGAACAGAAUUCAGACUUCAAAUUGGAUGGUGAAAAUUUACUUUUUCAAUCUGGAAUGUUUUUAUCUGGAUUUGAAUCCAGUGCAACAACAACGGCAUUCACUUUAAUGGAAUUGGCAAAUAAUCAUGAAUAUCAAGAAGAAGCACGUAAUGAUAUAAAUAAGGCGAUUGAAAAACAUGGAUUGACUUAUGAGGCUUUUAAUGAUAUGAAAUAUGUAGAUCAAUGCAUCUCAGAAAGUAUUAGACUUCAUCCUCCAAUCUCAACCCUUGAUCGUUACACUAGACAAGAUUAUAAGAUUCCUGAUACCGAUAUUGUUAUUGAAAAAGGAACAGCUGUUUAUGUAUCUCUUUAUGGAAUGCAUGAAGAUGAUCGAUUUUUUGAUGAACCAUUAGUUUUUAAUCCAAAUCGAUUUGAUAAUGAUAUGAAAAUUUCUGAUGCUUACCUUCCUUUUGGAAUAGGACCAAGGUCAUGUGUUGCAACAAAAUUGGGACAAUUACACGUGAAAGUUGUUUUAGCUACGAUUUUACGAGAAUAUCAAGUCAAUCAAUUGAGUAAAGACAAAGCUAUUUUAAAUCCUAAGUCAACUUUUACUGCUGCAGCAAAUGGUAUUAAUCUUCAAUUUAAAAAAAUUGUUUCAUGAAAUUUUUAUUUUUGAAAAAAAUUUUUUCCUUAUCGAAUGUUAUAUUAAGUUUACAAUAAUUUCUUAAACAAUGCUUAAAAAACAACUAUUUUGUAUUUUAUAUAUUUAAAAUUCUUUAUUAUAUAAUAUAUAUUAAAUUUGUAAACUACUAUACAAAAUUUAGAUACUGUUUAUUUUUUUUGAAAUGAAUUUUUAUUGCUGUAAUAUUUAAUUUAAAAAAUAACUCUUGAACAUUUUCUAAGAUAAAAUUUUUUUUUGUUUAAAUUAAUUUUUUAUUAUGAUUUUUCACGAAUAUUUGAGAAAAAACAUUUUUUAAAAAAUAUUUUAAUAAUUUUUUCUAAAAAUAAUUAAUCUUCUUAUUUCUAUUAUUAUUAAUUAUUAAAUAGGACCUACUUCAUAAUGUUACGUAAGUCUGUUAUAGUUUAACAAUUUUUUUUUUUUUUAUUUUCCGCAGUAGUUUCUUGACCUUUGUAACAUUACAUUUUUUUUAAUACACACAAUUAUUGCCUCCGAACUUUAAGACUUCAUAAAAAUAAUAACAAUAAUUAAUUUUUUAAUGCAAAUAAAAAAACUCCAAACUCGUGUCAAACUUUGACAUGCCCUUAAGAUUUAUUAACCAUAAUAAAUAUCUACACAUAAUAAUAAUAAUAAUAAUUACAAUUGCAAGCGACAGCGAGAAAGAUUUAUAUCGCUAUAUACAAUUAUAAUAUUAAUGUAUAAUUAUCAAAUAUGUAUGUUUUAAUAUAAUUAUAACAAUAAAAUAAACGAUUCUAUGUCAUUUAAAUAAAUACAUGAAAUAAUUA